UAAAAAGCAAUAGAAAAGACAACGUGAGUCCAGUUUUCAUUUACUGUACAUUCGAGUGGACUACAUAUCGAUAAACAUGAGUGGCUGUCCUUUUAUGGGGAAAAAGUACAAUUUCACUUUUAAUGAACUAUCUCUGGAAGACAAAAAUGGAGAAAAUUCACAGGAGGGAAUGAACAAAGCCAGUAAAGGUGGCUUGAUAUAUGGCGACUAUCUGCACCUUGAUAAGGUGUUAAAUGCGCAAGAACUACAGAGUGAAAAGAAGGGAAAUAAAAUCCACGAUGAACAUCUUUUCAUUGUCACUCAUCAAGCAUAUGAACUGUGGUUUAAGCAGAUUUUGUGGGAAUUAGAUUCUGUUCGAGAAAUCUUCCAAAACGGACGUGUGAGAGAUGAAAGAAACAUGCUUAAGGUUGUCACACGGAUUCAUCGUAUUUCCAUGAUUCUUAGGUUACUGGUGGAACAAUUCUCAGUUCUGGAAACUAUGACAGCUUUAGAUUUCUUUGAUUUCAGGGACUACUUGUCUCCUGCCUCGGGUUUCCAGAGUUUACAGUUUCGACUGUUGGAAAAUAAGAUUGGCGUUCCAGAAAUUUUGAGAGUUCCAUAUAACAGGAGACACUACCGUGACAAUUUCAAAGGAAAGGAAAACGAGGUGCUUCUUAAAUCUGAGGAAGAACCAACACUCUUGGGCCUAGUGGAGGCAUGGCUAGAAAGAACUCCUGGACUGGAAGAAGAAGGUUUUAAUUUCUGGGGAAAGCUGCAAUUUAACAUAUAUCAAGGAUUAGAAGAAUAUAUAAAGUCGGUAAAGGCAAAACCAGAUUCAGAAGAAAAAGAGGAGCAGAUUGCUGAACUUCUGAAGCAAAGGGAGGUUUUCACUGCAUUAUUUGACGAGAAAAGACACCAGCAUCUUCUCAGUAAAGGUGAAAGGAGACUCUCGUAUAAAGCACUCAAAGGGGCUUUGAUGAUCUACUUUUACAGGGAGGAGCCAAGGUUUCAGGUUCCUUUUCAGCUGCUGACUUCUCUGAUGGAUAUUGAUACACUGAUGACCAAAUGGAGAUAUAAUCAUGUAUGCAUGGUGCAUAGAAUGAUAGGCAGUAAAGCGGGCACAGGAGGCUCAUCCGGAUAUCACUAUUUACGUUCAACCGUCAGCGACAGGUACAAAGUUUUCGUAGAUUUGUUCAACCUCUCAACAUUCCUAGUGCCGAGACACUGGAUACCCCGUCUGAACCCAAACGUCCAUAAAUUUCUUUAUACUGCAGAGUGUUGUGACAGUUCCUAUUUUAGCAGUGACGACUCUGAUGAAUGAUCAGGAUCAGACUAUACAGGAAUAAUACCAUGUCAUAUUAUGUUUUUGUGAGGAAUACUUAGGAAUGCGCUGGAAUGUUUUGGUGUACAAUACUACUAAGUGGCAUCUUGACUGCAAUCUGACAACAAACCCUUGGUUGGCUAUAUGUUUGACAAAGAUGUGUGGCCUCCAAAGCUUCAUUUGCUCUGUUCAGAAAGCAUAGUGUCAAAUUCUAUUGUUGUACAAUAAGUGGCCACAUUAGACAAGCUAAUAAACAACUGUGUAGUAUUUCUCUUGA